AUGUCCUCAGUGUUCCACCUCCUCGAGUCCCAUCUGUUCACAUUACCAUGGAACAGCAUGUCAGAAGCUGAGCAACUGAAAAUCAGUUACGAUCGAUCACGCGCUAUUGGAAGAGCCUUUCAGUUCACAAUGUCCGAUAUUCUUCACCUAACUCCAAAGUUCUGGAAGUUCCAUCGGGAAAACAUCUGCGCACUUGAUAUCUGUGCCUCUUCAUUGGUAACAAUCCAAUGCAAUCUAGUGGCAGGAACUCUCGCCCCCUUUGUUCAAGAUCAUCCUGAGCACCGGCUCCUACUCGAUCAAAUCCUGAACUUCGAUGUAAACGCUCAGUUUCUUUUGACAGAGCUAGGGCAUGGCUUAGAUGCCAAAAACCUGGAAACAACAGCGACAUUGCUUGAGGAUGGAGGUUUCGAUCUUCACACGCCCCAUAUAAAUGCAGCCAAGUACAUGUCACCAACUUCUCCUGUACCGGGUCAUCCUCGUAUUGGUCUGGUAAUUGCAAGACUCAUGGUGGCAGACGAAGAUCGAGGUGUGAGACCGUUUAUUGUUAGGAUAAACGAUGGCGAGUCCAUGAGCCCUGGUAUCAUAUGCAAGGUUUUGCCUCGGCGAGCAGGAUCCAAGAUGGUAGACCAUUCGACUACCACAUUCAACCAUGUACAUUUGCCUAAGACAAGCUUGCUUGGAUCACUCAAGAAACCCCUCAAUGAGCGCGAUCAGUUUCUGUCGGUCAUCUCGCGCAUCAGUGUGGGUACCUUGGCGAUAUCGACUACAAUGAUUCCGAUUUUGAAACGAUGCGCUUUUGUGGCUGGCAAGUACAGCCUUCGCAGGCAGAUCAAAGGACCCAGUGGAUCCCAAAUUCCGAUCAUUUCGUUUCGUACACAACAAGGACCCAUCCUUCAUGCUUUAGCAAAUAUAGCAGUCUUUGAAGCUUGGGCUACAGAUUGCACGCAGAGAUUCUGCGAUAUGAACCUUGAGACACGUGUCCGACAUGGAAUCGCGACGGCCUUUAAGGCUGUCUUGACAAGGGCUACCCAGGACACCCUCUAUACACUGGCAGAACGGUGUGGAGCACAAGGAUUAUAUGAGCAUAACCAUAUCAUUGAGUCCCAACUAGAGAGCCGAGGGAUUUCAAUCGCUGAAGGGGACACUCUCACACUCUGCAUUCGGCUCGCCUCAGAACUUCUGCUGGGCCGAUAUAAAUUACCCCCACCAAACUACCCGGAAUGUCUCCUAGCUCAACAUGAGACCAGCUUGUUUGACGAGUGUCGCGCCGUUUUACAGAACUUAAGUACAGGUCAUAGAAGCCAAGAAUUUAACCAUGCCAUUCUUCCCAAGUGUCAAUUACUUGUUGAAUCUGCCGGUCAACGCAUGGCAUACGAAGCAGCGCUAUCCGCUAGUGUUCCGUCUGAAUUGCUUGCAAUCUAUGAAGCAGGGAGUAUACGGCAAGAUCCUGCAUGGUACGUUGAGAAGUGUGGAAUAACCCACGAAAAGCUGUUUGCGAUGGAAUGCCAAGCCUUGGACGCUGGUCUACUCUCAUUUGAUCAACUGUUGGAUGAACUGGACGUGGAGCCGUACUGCACAGCGCCGAUUUUAUCAGAAACUUUGAUGGAAGAUUUCAAUGCAAGGCUAAGAACAUACGAGAAUAAGGGUGAAGCAAAGCACUCCAAAGACUCUAUUCCACAAAGCAGAUUGUGA